AUGGCAGAAGCAACAGCAAAACUGGCGCCUGCAGCAGCAGCAGCAGCCCUAUCACACACAUUGCCGAAACGAACAGCAGUAGCAGCAGCAACGGCAGCAGCAGCAGCAGCACUGCAUACUUCGGGUUAUAGUGUCUGGGGUUCCGUGCGAGGCAGCAAGCCUCGUAAAGAUUUCCGAGGACGCCCCUGCAGCAGAACAAGCAAAAACCAAAGUGCUGCACUGCAGCAGCAGCAGCAGCAGCAGCAAGGGCAGCAGCAACUGCAGCAUCAUCAGCCGCCGCAGAUGCAGCAGCCCCAGAGGCACCAGCAACGAGAGCUGCUGCGACAUAGCAUAUAG